AUGGAAAGCAAAUCUUCUCAGAAUUCGAAGAACGCAAUGUCUCCAGCAAUCAACCAGCGAACCUCACCUUGCCAUCCCACCAAGAGACGGAAGUGGAAGUUGCUCACCAAUUGGUGGGUUCCAAACGACAUCCUACAAACCACCGAACCUUCUCAAAGCCAGCCAAUUAGAACAUUACACAGCGAGCAGAAUUCCCCGGUGACUGUCAGAUUCUCGCUCCAGCCUGGCACCAUGUGUUGGCUGAAGUCUCGGAAAGAAGCGGGACAUUCUGAGUGCUUAGAAAUCUCCAACAUAACGGGGUGUCGCAGACCAAUAGAUGUUCAGGGCAGAAACCGUCCUGUAAUAAUCACAAGGUUAAUUACAGUGGAUGGGAUAACAAAGUACGAAGCAGCUCCAAUAAGUAAGCCAAACCUAUCUAGUAGUCCGUUGCUAAUGAUCAAAAAUCAGAUGACCACUUUCCGCAACAUGCCACUUGCUGUAUGGAAGACAACUCUCGAGAGCCGGAAUAAUUUGAAGAGAGCUUUGCCGGUAAAAGGAGCAAAUUCAAUCGAUCCGGAGAAUAAGGAAAACACUUUCAACAAGCACAGGAGUCGACCUGAUCAAGUACUCUACCUUAAGAGCGGCAGCCUUUACCGAGACUGUUAUGUCCGAAUAGACAAAGUUCUAGAACUACCAGAACAAUGCAUUACGGAAUAUUGCUACGAAGAUGGCACCCGACCGGAUGAACCUCUCCGACUUUGCCUACGGAGCUACAAAGAUCUCGUGAAUCUCCUUCGCAUGCCUGGAAAUCGGGAGAGUCUGUAUUUCGGGACAGAGAGUGGCACUUGCCCACCACCUGAAGCCGGUAGCUGUGAACGAAGUCUGAGAUGCUCUACACGUCCAGUCAUCGCAGCUUCUGAAGAUGACUGUCGUCCCCGGUCUCAUAACGAGCUGCAUUGCGUAGAAUUCUCGGAUCCCAACUCGCCAGGAGCUUGCUACUUCUAUCAGUGGUAA